AUGAAGACUUCUUCCGUUCUCCAGGCGGCUUCGCUGCUGUUCCCUCUUUUCACUCCUGUCGCGCUUGCGCAGACAACUUUUACCCACACAGCCACUGGCAUCGACUUUUGGCGUCAGGUAGUUUCUUCCGAUCAGACUGCUGGUGGUUUCGAAUGGGGAUGGGCACUUCCUACGAACGGAACUGGCGCCGACGAUGAGUACAUUGGUUACAUUAAAGGUUCACUUGAAGCGAACAGGCAGGGAUGGUCCGGUAUCAGUCACGCUGGUGGCAUGCCAAACUCCCUUCUCCUGGUCGCAUGGCCAGAGACCAACACUGUAAAGACCAAGUUUGUCUUUGUAUCUGGUUACGUUGCUCCUGAUGACUACACUGGCAACGCUGUGUUGAGUCAGAUUUACUCCAAAGUCAGCGACUCCAACUUCGAGCUUGUGUACCGAUGCCAGCACUGCUUUGCCUGGAACCAGAACGGCGCCGAGGGCUCUCAACUCCCAACCGGCGAAGUAAACGUCAUCGGUUGGGCUCAGCACGACAAGAUCUUCGACGGCACAUGGGUAUUUCACAACAAGGGUCAAUCCCUUUUCGGCGCUCAAACAGCACCUGCUAGGAACGCAAAGUACUCUCAAUGGGCCGCGCUCGCAGGCACUACGCCCUCUGGCACACCCACCUCCGGAGGCCCUUCUGCUACGCCCACACCUACUAACCCAGGCAAGUGCGUUGGAUCACCCGCUCCCUCUGGUUCUUUCGACUACAUCGUCGUUGGCGGUGGUGCCGGUGGCAUUCCCAUCGCAGACAAGCUUUCCGAGUCUGGCAAGAGCGUUUUGUUGCUCGAGAAGGGCCCGCCAUCUCUGGCUCGCUUUGGCGGCAAGAUGGGACCCGACUGGGUUACAAGCAACAACCUCUCUCGUUUCGACGUUCCCGGUCUUUGCAACCAGAUCUGGGUCGACUCUGCCGGUGUUGCUUGCACCGAUAUUGACCAGAUGGCUGGUUGUGUUCUUGGAGGAGGCGCUGCUAUCAACGCUGCGCUUUGGUGGAAGCCUGUUGACAUCGAUUUUGACUACCAAUUCCCCAAUGGCUGGAAGUCUUCUGAUGUCAAGGGUGCUAUCGACCGUGUCUUCAAGCGCAUUCCUGGUACCGACACCCCCUCCAUGGACGGCAAGCGUUACAAGCAAGAAGGCUUUGACGUUCUCUCUGGUGCGCUCGCUGCUGGUGGCUGGAAGAGUGUCGUCGCAAACGAUCAACCAAACCAGAAGAACCGAACAUUCUCGCACUCGCCAUUCAUGUACUCCAACGGACAGAGGCAAGGUCCUCUCGGUACCUACAUGGUCUCUGCUCUCGAGAGGAAGAACUUUAAGCUCUGGACGAACACCAUGGCCCGCCGUGUUGUCCGCACCGGCGGCAAGGCUACUGGCGUUGAGCUCGAGAGCGGUGUUGGUGGUACCGGUUACUGCGGCACCGUGAACCUCAACCCUGGCGGCCGUGUCAUUCUCUCUGCAGGUGCCUUUGGAUCCCCCAAGGUUCUUUUCCGCAGCGGUAUCGGACCAAAAGAUCAGCUCACCGUCGUUAAGAACAGUGCUAUCGACGGAUCCACCAUGAUCAGUGAAUCCUCCUGGAUCAACCUUCCCGUCGGACAGAACUUGAACGAUCACGUCAACACUGAUCUCGUCGUCCAGCACCCCAACGUAUCCUUCUACGACUUCUACGCUGCCUGGAACACCCCGAUCGAGGCUGACAAGAACCUCUACCUCACCAAGCGCGCCGGUAUUCUCGCUCAGUCUGCACCCAAUAUCGGUCCCCUUGGCUGGGAAGUCAUCAAGGGAUCCGAUGGCAUCGAUCGAUCGCUCCAGUGGACUGCCCGUGUUGAAGGCCCCGGUGCGAACGACACUCACUCCAUGACCAUCAGCCAGUACCUUGGUCACGGUUCAACCUCCCGAGGUGCUCUCUCCAUCAACGGCGCUCUCAACAUGUUCGUCAGCAAGGCACCUUACCUGCAGACCGAUGCCGACACCGGUGUCGUCAUUGCUGGUAUCAAGAGCUUGAUGGCAGCCCUCUCCAAGAACCCCCAGAUUACCUGGCAAGUUCCCCCCGCGAGCCAAACUGUUGAAGAUUACGUCGCCAGUCUCCCCAAGACCCCAGCUAAGCGCCGCUCCAACCACUGGAUCGGUACAGCCAAGAUCGGAACCGACAGCGGUCUUACCGGUGGAACCUCAGUUGUGGACCUGAACACACAGGUCUACGGAACUGACAACAUCCACGUUGUUGACGCUUCUCUCUUCCCUGGUCACAUCUUCACCAACCCAACCUCUUACAUUGUAGUCCUCGCAGAGCACGCCGCUGCUAAGAUCCUUGCCCUCGGAGCCAGCAGUGGGGGUGGUAAGCCCUCGUCCGCCAUUUCAUCCGUAGUAACUACUGCUAAGCCCACGACUUCCAAGGCCGCUAGUGCAACACCUACCGCAACGCCAACUGCCACUCCCGGUAAAACAGCCGGAGCCUACGAACAAUGUGGUGGCAAGGGUUUCACCGGCCCCACGACUUGUGUCACUGGAUUCAAGUGCGCGGUCAACAACGACUACUACUCCCAGUGCAUCCCCAAGUAAAGGGAGAGAUGAUGGUCAUCUAGCCUCACCUGGAGGUACUUUCUUUGUAUAUAUAUUAGCUCUUCUUUGUAAAUCUCGAAUCCAUACAUUCCAACCAAAA